AAAAAAUAUAGCCGGGUUCCCUGUGCUGUUAUCUGCUUGUUUGAUUUGCAUUUCCUGUUUGUCUGUUGAAGGCGAAGCAAUCGUCUGGUUCAGUACUAGUUCUUGUUCUCCUCUUCGUAUUUCAAUUCAACAGAGAUAAACCUGAUAUGGCAACCAGUUGGCCAUCUUCAAGUAAAGAAAAUCUAAACUUUGCACGCCUUUCUAAGUUAUUGAUUGAUGGUGGAACACGUGCUUUAAGAGAUGUAUUUGACUCUAUCCAUUUACCAAGCUCCCUUCACAGGACACUACUCAGUACAGCAGUGCAUUCUACUCUAAGGAGACUGAGAGAAAAGAGGAUUCUAAACAAACGACAAUGGGACAGACUCUACCCUGUUAGCCGAAGUACAUCUGUCACUUCAGCAGAUUUUGACAUCACACUGUUAUUUGUUCUACUGCGUAAUAUAUGUGGUUUAACACCCCCACCAACAGGAUGGGACAAGCCUCCUGUUGCUACAGACCUGAGUAGAGAAGCUGAUUUGGCUCGAGUCAAAUAUUAUAGAAAUGAACUUUAUGGCCACAUCACAGAAACAGCUGUUAGUGACAGUGAUUUUGAGAAAUACUGGAGUGAGAUCUCAGAUGUGUUGCUGAGACUGGGUGGACCUCAUUACAAACCAGAGAUUGAGAGGAUGAAAAUAGAUACAAUGGACCCUGAAGAGGAAAAGAAUUCUAUUGGAGCAAUUAAAGAGUGGGAAGAAAUGGAGCAUAGAUUAAUUAGAAAGAUGGAGGAGAUUCUUGCUAAGAGAGCGAAAAGAAGUUCAGCGGAUGCUUCACAGGCCAAAGAAUAUACAGAAAAACUGAAGUCAUCCAUUAAACAACAAACCGAUUUUCUGUUGUUAGAGGAAGAGGACAAGAAAAUUAGAACCGAUGACAUCUUUACGAGUGUGACUAUCCAACGCGGUCCAAAACACUUCGAGGAACCCAAAGAAAGGAGAUUUGGCAGGAGGCAAUUGGAUGAAGUUCAAGCAAGUAGUAAAAAACUAACAAACUGUUCAGAAAUGUUUCUUUGCCCGGAAAAUGAUGAUCAGAAAUCUGCAGCUUUUUGCACGACCAAUCCUAAAUCUAUCUUGUUGACGGGCAAAGCAGGAAUUGGGAAAUCCCUCUUUUGUCGUAAGCUGGUACGGGAUUGGUUGCAUAACCGAUUGUUUGAGGAAGGUCAAGAAAAUGCCAAAGUACCUGAUUUUCAGUUUGUGUUCCUGUUGACAUUCAGUCAACUUCUUCUUCYAGAAGAAGAACAAAAAAUGGUUGACUUACGUGAUAUCUUACAUCAGUCCUCCCUACUGAACGAGCACUCGGUGAUAGACGAGCCAUUAAUGCAGUACAUGAUUGAAAAUCCUGAGAAGCUGCUCAUCAUACUCGAUGGGUAUGAUGAGUAUAAACAUCGAGAGAGAAUCACCGGGGACUUUGAGACAAGAUAUUCAAACGACCCAGAUAAAAAAAUACCUGUUCCUGCUCUGAUUGCCAAAAUCAUGGAAGGAAAGAUGUUAAACGGUGCAGUGGUCCUGAUAUCCUCGAGGCCUGGCGAAGCCGAGGAAUUAAAAAAACAUGUCUUUGAUGUGAGAUGUGACAUUCAAGGAUUUUCUUCACUUCAAGUGCUAGAAUACAUCAAAAAAUAUUUUAAAGCCAACGAAAGCAUGAAGAACAAAGUACUUAAUCACAUCAAAACAAAUGAAAUUCUUUUAAGUUUUGGUCACAUUCCUGUCAUGUGUUUUCUAAUGUGCUACUAUAUUAAGUGGUACAUGACUGAAUCAAAAACCACAGAAAAACUACCCAUCACAAGAACAGAACUUUAUCAUGAAGUAAUCAAAGAAUUUAUCAAGAAACAUUCCUCUUCUAAAUACGAAAAAAUGGAAGAAACUAAAGUACAAGAAAUAUUACAUAAACUAGCUGAACUAGCGGUGAAUUUAAUGAUGGAAGAUAAAUAUAUUUUCAACGAAAACGAUAUGAAAAAAUUCAAUCUAAACGAUGAAGAAAUAACAAACCUGAAAGCGAGUGGAUUACUUGACUGUUGUCCUGGCGUUAAAAAAUCUCCAUUCGAGAAACCACCACUUGAAUAUACGUUCACCCACUUAACGAUUCAAGAAUUUCUUUGUGCUUUUUUGUUUGUAGAGAAAAAACAAAUCCCAGAGAAAAAGAAAACGAGCGAUGUGACAUUCAUGUUCAUGGCGGGAAUGUUUUCAAGAAAAAAAGAUGAAAAAAUGAUGGAAAAGUUGAUAGAAUAUAUCAAACCAGGGAAUAAAUUGGAUAAGAGGAAUAAACGGCUAACUUUAUCCUGUCUGGACGAGUACAAAGACGAUGGAUUUUCUACCAGAGUAAUAAAUAACCUUAAAGAUCAAGCAGAAACAGAAGCAGACGCGGAAGCAGAAGCAGAUACGACCUUCCCUCCUGAGAUUCGUGCCAGUAGUCCUGAGUCCUUGGAAGCUUACAAAGAAGCCCUUAUGAGGGGCAAAACAAAAAAUAGGCGUGUGCUGGUAACAGUAGUUGGGCCACCCCGUGCAGGAAAGACAAGCCUGUUGAAAUCUUUAAAAGGAGAGGACUUCGAUCCUAAUGAAGACAGCACUACUGGAGUUGUACUUCAGAAUUCUUGGUUUGAGAAAGUUGAUGGCGAAGAUAAUUUUUCAAUGAUCCGCAUCGCUGAAUGUACGGUUGAGUAUCUCAAAAAAAAACUGACAAGAGAAGACAAAGACCCAGAAGAUGAAGAACAAGAAUUUGGAGACUCAAAUAGCGGAGAGGACUUCAAUCCUAAUGAAGACAGCACUACUGGAGUCGUACUUCAGAAUUCUCGGUUUGAGGAAGUUUAUGGCAAAGAUGAUUUUUCAAUGAUUCGAAGCGAUGAAUGUAUGGCUGAAAAACGCAAAAAUAAUCAGACAGAAGGCAAAGCUGUUGCUGAACCUAAGCACCCAAGUCAAAGAGACCCAGAAGAUGAAGAACAAGAAUUUGAAGACUCAGUAAUGGGAAAUACCAGUUUACGACUAUCAAUUUUAACUGAUGGUUCGAAAGUUCCAAAAGAAAUGGUACCUUUAUUAUACAAACGCCUCAGGGACACUAAGAACGACCAGAGAGCGAACGAAAACGAAAUUUCCUUUAAAACACUUGAUUUUGCUGGACAACAAGUCUAUGAAGUCAUUCUCCCGUUAUUUAUAUCUUCAAAGUCAAUCUACUUAUUGGUUCAUAGCUUAGAAAAUGACCUUCGUUCUGAUGCGCAACCAAAAGUAAAACAUGGCAACUCAGAAAGAAAACUCAAGAAUCCCUUUCAAAUGACAUAUUUGGACGCUCAAGAGUUUUGGCUUUCUUGUAUUUCAUCGUAUACAACCUUGAAAAAGGAAGUUGACUCUGUUGACUACAGUACCCAAGUGGCAUUGCCACCAGUAUUUGUAGUUUGCACUCAUGCAGAUGUUUGUAUUCAAGACCCGAAGAAAGUUGCUCGAGAAUUGUGUGAGGUUUUGACUCGCCCCGAAAAGACCUAUGGCAAGCACGUUGUACCAACUGUCUACACCGUUAAUAACAAAUUAUCAGGAAACAAAGAAGUACAGGAUGAAUCUGCCAAAAGAUUGAAGAUGGAUGUUGAAGAACUAUCUAAAUUGCUUCCCCAGGUUAAUGAAGAUAUUCCAAUCAGCUGGCUGCGAUUUGAGGAGGAGCUUUCAAGACUUCAAGAGCAGAAGAAGUACGUUAAUUUGGAAGAAGCUAAGGGGAUCGCUACCCAAUGCAACGUCAACACAGCCACAGAAUCCAUCGAGUUUACGACACUGUUAAACUACCUGCAUGACUUAAAGACAAUCAUUUACUUUGAAGAAACAGGAAAAGUAUUCAUCGAUACACAGUGGUUGGUCGAUAUGUUUGUUAAGGUCAUCACAGUCAUGCCAUUUGAAGAAUGGAAGGCGUAUGCCGCUUAUUGGAGAAAACUGGAAAACGAUGGUAUUUUACAAAGAGCUCUAGUAGAGCAUGUUUGGAGUGACAUAGCAAGUGAUGGCCAAAAUACAGUUGACAAUUUGCUUACGAUAAUGGAAAAGUUCUCACUGAUUUGUACGUGGAGGCUGAAUGUAGAAGACGUGUACCUUGUUCCUUGCAUGUUGUGUAACAGCAAGGGAACUGAGGACAUCGAAAAGCUGCUGGCUGACCAGAAAUCUUCAACAAUGCUCAUUCGUUUCAAGAGUGUUCACCUGCCCAUGGGCAUCUUUCCAAGGUUGUUUGUAGCUCUUGCUGAACAUGGCAAAAAGGAAUGGCCAAAAGUAAGCCAAGGCAAGAAGGAAUGUCUACCAAAGCUUCGUCGGAACUUUUGCAGGAUGUUCAACGUUGGACAAGAAGGAAAUCUUGACAUAUGUCUUACCUCAGGGGUUCGAACCAUAUGCGUGACCGUCUACAACAAGAAAAACAUUGAUGGCGCACCAGUAACUAAGUUCUGUCAGUCCUUGCGAAAAUUGCUUGAUAAAAUCUUUGCCGCCAUGGAAAACACGUGUCCUCGAGUGGAAAACAUGGAAUUGGAGUAUGGCAUUCGUUGUUCAGUCUGUACAAAGUUGGAAUGCAGCUCUCACGAGACCAAGGGAU